UCCUUCAUUUCACAAACUUAUAAUUCUCUGUUUUUGUUUCUUCUUCUUCUUUCAAAAUCUCAAGAAAAAAAAAAUGGAGUUAUUCACCAAAGGUAACAACGUCAAGUUACGUAGCCAUCUAGAUAAGUUUUUAGUCGCCGACGAUGACCAAGAAACCAUCCGUCAAAGCCGUAAAGGAGAUGCCCGGCGUGCCGUUUGGACGGUGGAGCCCGUCGUCGAUAAACCUAAUCUGAUAAGGUUAAAGAGCAGCCACGGGACGUACUUAACGGCGAGCAAUAAACCGUUAUUGUUAGGUAUGACCGGUGAGAAAGUGACUCAAACGGCGUCGUUGAACAAGCUUAUGGAUUGGCAAACGCAGUGGGAACCGGAGCGAGAUGGGUUUCAGGUGAAGCUAAAAUCUUGGUGUGGUAAGUGGAUGAGGGCUAACGGUGGAACGCCGCCGUGGAGAAACUCUGUUACUCACGACGAGCCUCAUACGUCGAAGACCAAGAACUGGUUGAUUUGGGAUGUUAUAACUCUUGAUGGUUCUGAUCUUGAAAACAUGUCUGAUGGUGAUGAAAGCUCUGUUUCUUCUCCGGUUGGGUCUGAAUUAGGGUCAGAACCCGGGUCGCCCGCUCAUGGGGGGUCUACGAAGAGUAGUAUUAGCCGGUUCGCUUCUCUUGGUUUACCUAUGUCUCCGAGAUGGUCCUCAAAACCGAAGUCGACGACGAGUAGCUUCAACCAAAAAGAAACAACAGUAUCUGUAUCAGCAAUGGAGUUUUUCCAGAGAGCUAAAGCUAUUCGAAUGCGUAACAGUCACAACAAGUAUCUAACAGCUGACGACGACGAAGAAACCAUAACACAAAACCGAAACGGAUCUACCAAAAACGCUCGAUGGAUCGUCGAACCGGUUCGUGAUUCGUUCCAUGUUAUUCGUCUUAAAAGCUGUUACGGUAAAUACUUAACCGCUUCUAACGAACGGUUCUUGCUCGGAGCUACGGGGAAGAAAGUGAUUCAGUUGAAACUGAGUCGGCUUGAUUCGUCUGUUGAAUGGGAACCGCUUAGAGAAGGAUCUAAGAUUAAGCUUAGGACUAGAUCUGGUAACUUUUUACGGGCUAAUGGUGGUCUUCCUCCGUGGAGAAACUCGGUCACACACGACGUUCCUCAUUUGUCUGCUACUCAGGAUUCGAUUUCUUGGGAUGUUGAUGUUGUUGAGAUCUUGACUGAUUCUGAAUUCAAGACGGAGUCUCCGAAAGCGCCACCGAAGACUACGUCGCCACCGCCGCAUCGGAGACCGACGAAUUCGCCGUUGUCGGCUGAGUCUCCAAGGACUUCGUCUUCUCUUUCAUCAGACAGAUCCGAUUCAGAUUCGGUUGAGUCUCCGCCUAAAUCUGAUGGACGAACCAUACAUUACCAUAUCGCUGAUGAAGAAGGACACGUGGAGGAUGAAACAACCGUUGGAUAUGCUUUCACGUUUAAAGGAAACAGCGUGGCGGAACUGACUCAGACAUUGCGAGAAGAAACGUGCAUGGAAGACGCUGUGGUGUGCACUCGUAGUCAGAUAAACGGCAAGCUGUUUCCUCUUCGUUUGCAACUUCCUCCUAACAACGGAACAUUGCAUGUCGUUGUAUUACCUUCCAGCGCUAGCCUCUAGACGUGAGUUUUUUUACUUUUUACGGUUUUACUUUAAUUUCUUUAUCUGCCUUAAGCACUCAUAUAUCGAUCGAGUUGAUUAACCUUUUAGCUUGUUUGUUAAAUUUACCAGUGGCGCAGGACUUUGCGAAUGCUAUGCGAACCGAAUAAUCGAGCUAUGCGAUA